AUGAAGUCCCAAUUGCUAUUCCCCUUUUACGUUGUCACCUCACAAGCAGUACGAGAGUCGAUAUCGAACAAACCUGAUGCGGCCAGUGGCGUGUGUCUCUCUUCACAGCUCCUCGCCGCCCAUGAGCCUCUUCCAAUCUGCACAACACGCCAUGCCACCGUCGCUUCAGACAAGCAGCAAUUAUCGUCUGAAAAGGUACUUGGAGGCGCCGAAGAUGCUGGCUCCAACCCCUGGUCGCAAACCCCGACCAACUGCUAUCAUAAUUCAACCUUGAACUCCGACUUUUGCGUCUAUACCUCUUCCCGCGUUGCCAAUGGCAAAGGCACGGCCAUAAUCACAGACAACCUGCGCGCCGCGACUCUCGCCCACGCCGUGGCCCUCCUCGCCGACGCGACCGACGACCCUCUCGUCCACGCGGGCUCCCACAAGCCCAUCAAUGUCCAGAACGCAAAGUACAAAAUCGUGCCCAUCCCUGGCAAGGAUCUCGGCGCCGUGGCUACGGAGCGCAUCGUCCGCGGCGAGAUUAUCCUCCAGGAGACCGUUUCACUGCUCAUCGAUUACGCCGCCUUUGGAGCCGUGCCGCGGGACGAGAUGCGCAGACUGCAGGGUGACGCCAUCCGGGGGCUGCCGACGCGGCAUCGCGAUCGGUUCAUGGAGAUGUCGCCCGGCGUGCAUGGCGGAGACGUCGGGUUCGACGAGCUCGUGGAGCGCGUCAUGGCGACGAAUUCGUUCGAUGUCGAUACGGACGACGGUGUUCGCGACGAUGAGUUCUUCGCCGCCUUUCUUGAGACCGCGCGGAUGAAUCACGACUGCCGCCCCAACGUCGACUACCGCUUCGACCCCUCCACGCUGACCCAGCGCACCACGGCCAUUCGCGACAUUCUGCCAGGCGAGGAGCUCACCCUCUCCUACAUCGAGCCCGCGACGCCCGCCGCGCUCCGCCUCCGCGCAAACUGGGGCUUCGACUGCACGUGUCCGGUCUGCACGCUCCCCCACCCGCACACCGUGGCCUCGGACGAGCGCAUCGCGCAAAUGGCGUCCCUGCGCGCCGAGCUCGCCGACUACCGGGCGUCGUCGCGCGCGACCCCGGCCAUGGCUGAGUUGCUCGUCAGCCUCUACGAGCAGGAGCGCGUCUGGGGCACCCUGGCCGAGGGGUAUACGCUCGCGGCCAUUGAGUGGAACGGCGUCGGGGACGCAUGGGCGGCGACGCGGUACGCCAGGCUGGCCAUCGAGCACGGCAUCGCGAGCCAGUGGGAGGGGCACGGGGAUGUGGUGCAGAUGAAGAUGCUAGCCGAGGAUCCCUGGGGCCACUGGAGCUGGAUGCUGAGAACGAGGAAGAGGAUGGGGUGGGGCCAAGGGAGAGCCGACGAGGGAGAUGACGAGGAGAGCGAUGAAGAGUGA